AUGAUGUCCUACAUUAAGCAGCCUCAUUACGCCGUGAACGGGUUAACUCUGUCCGGCCCGGGCAUGGACCUGCUACACUCCGCCGUCGGCUACCCCAGUAAGUGCGCUUCGUGUCUUUCAGAUACACCACGGAAGCAGCGCAGAGAGAGGACCACCUUCACUAGGGCCCAGCUGGACAUACUAGAGGCACUUUUUGCCAAGACCCGCUACCCAGACAUCUUCAUGAGGGAGGAGGUGGCCCUAAAAAUCAACCUUCCAGAGUCCCGCGUACAGGUGUGGUUUAAAAACCGCCGUGCCAAGUGCCGCCAGCAACAACAGCAGAGCAGUGGACAGUCCAAACCUCGUCCGCCCAAGAAGAAGGCCUCCCCAGCUCGGGAGGCCAACGCAGAGCCCAAUGCCAACACCAAUGGGUCCUACAGCCCAGCGCCCCCUCCCCCAGGCACUGCUAUUACCCCAAGCUCCAGCAGUGCUAGUGCCACUGUGUCCAUCUGGAGCCCCGCGUCCAUCUCCCCGCUGCCUGACCCGCUGUCGGCCUCCACCACCCCCUGCAUGCAGCGCUCCACUGCCUACCCCAUGACCUACACCCAGGCACCAGCCUAUACCCAGAGCUACGCUGGCUCGUCCUCCUACUUCACUGGCCUGGACUGCAGCUCCUACCUCUCGCCCAUGCAUCCACAGCUGUCUGCCACUGGGGGCGCCCUAAGUCCCAUCACUGCCUCUUCUAUGGGGGGGCCUCUUAGCCAGUCCCCAGCCUCCCUGUCCUCGCAGGGCUACACUGCAGCCUCGCUGGGCUUCGGUGCCGUCGACUGCUUGGACUACAAGGACCAAGCUGCCUCCUGGAAGCUCAACUUCAACGCGGCGGACUGCCUAGACUACAAAGACCAGAACUCCUGGAAGUUCCAGGUCUUGUAG